GUCGAACGUCGCUUACUUGCCGCGAUGGCCGACAUGAGUUCGUACCGCGAUCAACAUUUCAAAGGGUCUCGAGCAGAACUCGACCGAAUGCUACGAACGUCCACUACAAUGUAUGUGGGCAACUUGGCAUUUUACACUACCGAAGGUCAAAUUUAUGAACUGUUUUCCAAAUGCGGGGAUAUCAAACGCAUCGUCAUGGGACUUGACAAAUUUAAAAAAACGCCUUGCGGUUUCUGUUUUAUUGAAUACUACACGAGAGACGAUGCUGACAAUUGCAUGCGCUACGUGAACGGCACCCGACUGGAUGAUCGCAUCAUUAGAACAGACUGGGAUGCAGGAUUUGUAGAAGGCCGACAAUAUGGUCGAGGAAAAACUGGUGGGCAAGUUCGAGACGAAUACAGGACAGACUACGAUAUUGGUCGCGGUGGAUAUGGUAAAAACGCUCAACCAAAAGCUGACAUGGUUAUAUUCGGAAGAAACAAGGAUGCUCUCCCAAUGGAAUAAUAUCAUACAUUCGAUUUUAAUUAAUUAAUAAGUUUUAUAUGAUGUAAAUAUAUUUUUUUGCUUAUAAUUCAGUUUUGUAAA